CCCUUUAUUCUCUUUAACCCUCUACUUCUCCCUCACUCACACACACAUCACAACUCACACCAAACCAAAAACCCAAAAUGGAUCCUUUCAAAGGAUCCGGAUCCGAAAACCCGAUCGGAACAUGCAUCUCUCUCCUUUCCGCCCGCAACUUCACCACCGCCAGCGACUUCGCCCGCCGCUUACCACUCUCCGAUUCAGUCGGCCGAAUCCUCACAAUCGCAGACGUUCUCUCCGCCGCCGACCACUACUCCGUCCUCCGUCUCCCCCGCUCCGAAUCCGUCAACCGUGACCUAGCUCGCCAGCAUUACGCCAAAUUCGCAAUCCUCUUAGAUCCCACUAGCUCCGAGAAAUUCCCUUUUCAAGAUGAAGCCCUAGCUCGUGUUCGUGAAGCCUGGCACGUUCUCUCCGACCCCGGAAAACGCACUGUUUAUGACCGUGGUGGUGGUGUAACCGCCGCCACCACUGCGGCGUUUUGGACUGCGUGUCCUUAUUGUUGGAAUUUGUAUCAGUAUGAGAAAAAAUACGAAGAUUGUUCUUUGAUGUGUCAAACUUGUAUGAAAACUUUUCACGGUGUGGCGGUGAAGUCACCGGUGAAAGUUGGUGCAACCGUCGUAGAAGGGGAGGAGAAGAGGCAGUAUUAUAAGUGUAAGGCAAGAGUGCCGUUGAAGUUUUACGAAGUGAAAAACGGUGAUGAGAGCUUAAUGGGUGAAAAUGAAGCUGAAUUUGUUUAUGUUUCUGAUGAUGAUGGUGAUUGGGAGAAAGAAUGGGGGAAUGUGGGUGAUGCUGGUGUGAGAAAUGAAGGUUUUGAGAAGGUGAAUCAAACAGUGGAAACAGCGCAAGGAAACGAUAAACGAAAGAUGAGGGUUAAGACUGUGGCAAGGAAGAGUGUUGUGAACAGAAUAACAAGAUUUGAUUUUGGUAAUGAUUUGGGUUUGGAUGGAAAGGAUUGUGAAUUGGAGUUUACUGAAGGUGCUGAUGAUGUCUUUGUUGGGGUGAGGUUUAAUGGAUGAUGAUAGAAAUGUUGAAUGAAAGUUUUUGUUGUUCUUUGGUUAAUGAUAUAGGCAAGAAGUGUGUAGUGUUGUUGUUAGAAAAUGUUUUGCAUAGAUAGAUUUUGGGAGGAAAAAAAUGACUGUGAUGGAGGUUGAUAGUAUAGUUUUUGAAUUGAUUAUGUGCAUCUUAGUGGGAGGCAUUGCAUUGUUUAUAUCUCACCAUUUUUGUAAUGCCACUUUUUCUUGAUCUGUCUGAAAUUGAAAAGAAAAAAUUUAGUCUCCUUUUUAGAUUGUGUGUGAUUCAAUUGUUGUAGGUUAUAUGUUCAUGAUAAGAGGAUUGGUUUUUAUGUUGUGA